AUGAAAUGGUAUAAUGGCAAUGAAACCGGUCAGAUUCCAGGCGCAUUCCCCGAAAAGUGGUGGGAAGGCGCAGCGCUAUUCCUUGCGGUCCUGAACUAUUGGCACUUUACUGGCGACGACACAUACAACGAUCAGUUGAGUGUUGGGUUGGAAUUCCAAGGCGGUCCGAACGGCGACUACUGGACGAGCAACUACAGUCGAUUCUUGGGAAAUGACGACCAAAUGUUCUGGGGCCUUGCAGCAAUCCAAGCUGCCGAACUGAAGCUUCCGGACGUUCCAGACGGAAAUUCCUGGCUCUCCCUGGCACAGGGUGUUUUCAACGACCAGAAGGACCGAUGGGAUACCACGGCGUGCGGCGGUGGACUGCGCUGGCAGGUCUAUGUCUACCAGAGUGGAUACGUAAUGAAGAACUCGGUAUCGAACGGAGGCUUCUUCCAGCUCGCUGCGCGGCUUUAUCGAUACACCGGAAAUUCUGAGUACAAGGACUGGGCGGAGAAGGUCUGGGACUGGUCCGCUAGCUCUCCAUUACUCAACAACAAAACAUGGAACGUGGCUGAUUCCACCAAUAUGGACGAUAAUUGUGCAACUGCUGGAAAUAUCCAGUGGACAUAUAACUACGGUGUCUAUCUGGGCGGUGCGGCAUAUAUGUACAACAAGAAGUGGCUAGAUGCUGUCAAUGGUCUCUUGAAGCGAUCUUUCCAAAACUUCUUCUUGGCCGAGCAUGGCUUUGUCAUGGAGGAUAUUACUUGCGAACCAAGAGAAAUCUGUAACAACAACGAGAUUCUUUUCAAGGGAUUGUUUUCUUCCUGGCUCGCAUACACAGCACUCCUGGUUCCCUCAACUUACGAUACCAUCAUGCCCAAGCUGGAGUCCUCGAUUCAAGCGGCGGCCAAGUCCUGCACUGGAAACAACAACAACACCUGCGGUGUUCGCUGGUACCAGUCGAAAUGGGACGGAUGGACCGGAAUGGAGGAGCAGAUCAGCGCGAGCAAUAUCUUCAGCUGCUACCUGAUCAAAUAUGAGAAGGAUGGCAAGGGACCGGUGACCUCUACGACAGGAGGAAACAGUGAGAGUGACCCCAAUGCUGGUGAAGAGAGCGGCUCGAGUAGCGAGGACAAGCUCAAGCCUAUCACAACUGGGGAUCGAGCAGGUGCUGGAAUUUUGACAUUCGUCUUUGUGGCCGGAUGGGCUGGAUUGAUGUCUUUCAUGUUCCUCGGGGGUUGA